AUGAAUGAGUUGGCGCACAAACUGAGCUGUUGUGUGGUAGAGAAACCCCAGGCAAAAAAGAAGAGAAGGCAGAUUGACAGGACCAUGAUUGGAAAACCAAUGACUUUUGUUCAUCUAACACACAUUGGCACUGGAAAUGGACUUUGCAUGACAGGUGCCAUACAAGAGCAAAUGAGGUCCAAGGGAAAUAAGUUCAGGCCAUGA